CAGCUGCUGUUCUCCUUUGAUCACGUGACGACUGUGGAUCCAGAAGCGCGAUGGCGGUGGUGUUCAGUGAUGAUGAGUUCCAGCUGGCGUGGAUCGAACUGGACGAGCCGCGGCUGGACGGCUGGGACUUCUUUACCGAGACCAUGGGCGUCAAAGUAUACCGACUGUAUCAUAAGGAAUCCGGUCUGUAUGAAUAUAAAGCAUUCGGCUCCCUGACCGGCUGCUCUUCUGAAAUCUGUGCAGAUGUUUACAUGGAUCUGAACUAUAGGAAACAGUGGGACAGUUAUGUCAAAGAACUGCAGGAGAAAGACUUCAGUGGACAGAAAGUGAUUUACUGGGAGGUGAAAUAUCCAACUCCUCUUUCCAACAGGGAUUAUGUGUACAUGCGGGAACGUCGGGUUCUGGAAAAGGACGGCCGUAAAAUUUGGGUGAUUUUAGCCAAGAGCACUUCUGUGUCUCAGUGUCCUGAGAAGAAAGGUGUGAUCCGGGUGAAGGAUUACAAACAGACUCUGACCAUAGAGAACGACGGAUCGGGCGGAACCAAAGUGUUUUUGAACUACUUUGAUAAUCCCGGCGGCAUGAUUCCAACAUGGCUUGUGAACUGGGUGGCAAAGACGGGCGUUCCGGCUUUUCUGACGGACAUGAAGAAAGCCUGCUCCAACUAUUCCAGCUACUGCAAAACUAACAAGUGAUGCAUGUAUGAUCGUUUUUCAUUUUCUCUUGCAUUGUUUUGUUUGGUGUCAGAAGGGCAUUUGGUGGGUUGUGGGUCGAAUUAUUGCUGUUUUUAUUGUGGCCAACAUCAGGAAUCCUUCAAGAGCAUUCAGUCUUAAUAAUCUUACUUAUCUGCUCUUGAGUCACAGAAUCAAAAGAUUUCAGGUUCCCCAGAUUUUUUUUAUUGUAAUAGAAAUCAUUUUAGCACUUUAAUCCUAAAUGAUUACAUAAAUGAAUGAAACAUCACUUAACCUGUGUUAUAUAUCACACGCAACCAUUGAGCCUUGAGAUCACAGAGCUGUUGUAGGGUCACAUGCAGUGGCCCUAAAAAUAUUUAAAACCUAAAGUCACACUUAAAAAUGUAUUAAAUAACAAAAUAUCAAAGAAAGUUUUUAACCACUUUUAAAGCAUUUAGUUUCGAUGAGAUGACGAUGAUCUUUUGACAUCUGUGUGAAUGAAAAAUGGACUUUAUACAUGCACUACAAAUCACUUUAAAGUCAAAUGACGUAAUCAUUGCAAAAAUUAAGUUGU